CGCCAACAUUGCAGCACAUUACGCCACAGAUUAUACACGCGCAGCGCUAAUGAGCGGAAGUCGGAGCACCGCAAGCGAUAGCGAUUACACAAUCAUCACGCGACAUAGAUUGUAACUAAUGAGCGGAAGACGUCGGUCGCGCGAGCAAGCGAUAGCGAUAUGCGGUAGACGUUGACAUGAUAAGUGUACAUACUAAUUGCACCGCAAGCGAUAACGAUAACAUUAUCGGAGCAACAGCAUUGCACAACAUAGAUUACAAUUAAUGAGCGGAAGACGCGGUCGCUCAAGCAAGCCGUAGUGAUAAGACAGCACGCCGAACCGCAAACGAUAAUGAUAAGAACGCUCGGGUAAUUGGUCGUCAGCCAGGCAUUUAUACGGGGACCCCAUCCGAGCAACGCACAGUCGACUGCUUGUAGUGACAGUACGCACAGUGCACAGCUUGUAGUGACAGCAAUGGCAGACAAAAGGACCGCAGCCAAGGACACCGCGGGAGCAGAUUCUGAUGCAAAACAACGAAAACUAGACACUCCUCAAUUUUAUAUCAACACCCAAGAUUUAUUAGAUGAAGAGGAUGAUAUCAUCGUUCCGGAUUCGGACGAAGAUAUUUUUGAAAAUGUAAAUAGACAGGCACUUGUGGCAUUUCAUGGUAACGAACACAUGGGUGAAAUGGUUUUACCGUUCAACCCACCAACAACCGUGGACGAAACCAGACAACGGAUUUUUAAUAAACAAGAUGCCCAAGCUGUGCGUCUGGUCCCAGGAAACUCAAAUUGCUUGGUGAUGAUUUAUAAAAAAUUAAAGACACAAGAUCCAUGGACCGAAAUUGAGCGGAAGGCGGAGUCUGAACACAACAGACUCAAAUUUGAAAACUUUCCGAAAGGAUUGUUUUUUGAAAUUACUGAUGUAACGCUCAUAGACACCGGAAAAUAUGAUAAAUCAUCCUAUGUAGCGACGCUAAAUAAUACGUUUGGCGUUUUCUUACCAACAAGAUUUACUCCUGAAAUCCAGCAACUAGGGCGAGAAAUGUUUCUCAAGGAAAGGCCGCAUUUAUCUUACAUUGGUGUAAAUGAAAGCAACAAUGCAAACGUGGUGCUCAUAUAUAAACUAAAAGACUUAUAUAAACCAAAAGUUUGGGUUGCUAUUAAAAGUUAUUUUGUUCAAUAUAAAAUAAUUAAUGCAUAAUCUAUGUAUAAUGUGUAUAUAUAAUGUAUAUAAUGUGUAUAAUCUAUGUUGUAUUCUAACACCUGU